AUCAGAGAGUCAUGAUGAUCACUUACUUCUGCCUCCUAGUCUCUGUCUUGAUCGGCAAGAACUAUGCAGAGAUGACCUGUCAAACUGUCCAGCAAAAGGACACCGCCACGCUGAGUUGUGGGCACUCUGAAGGUGAUGUAAGAUGGAGCAGAGACAAAGAUGGAGGAAGAGUUAACAUUCUGACUGUGAGAAAAGGACAGGACAGCGAGGACAAACACAUUCAUGACCCAGGCAAACAUUUUAGUUCAGUGGCAGACAAAUCACUGAAUAUUUUGAGAGUGAUUUCCUCAGAUAGUGGGGUGUACUACUGCAACGGUGAACCAGUGGUGAAUCUGACAGUGACACCAGAUAAAGUCCCAGAAGAAGAUCAGAAGAGAACAUGUGGUCCUAAAAGUUCACCAACUACAACUGAGGACUCAAAGGAGAAUGAGGAAUCAAAGGAGAAUGAGGAAUCAAAGGAGAAUGAGGAAUCAAAGGAGAAUGAGGAACCAGAGGAGAAUGACGAUGAUGUCAGGAUCUCUCGUACCACUGAGAACCCAAACACAUCAGUUAGGAAUACAGAUGUCAGGAUCUCUCGUACCACUGAGAACCCAAACACAUCAGUUAGGAAUACAGAUGUCCCUAGUACCACUGAGAACCCAAACACAUCAGUUUGGAAUUCAGGUAAUCAGCAGCUGGCUGUGGGUGUGGCUGCCGGAGGACUGGUGCUGGUGCUGGUUCUGGUGCUGGUGGGGUUCCUCAUUAGAAGAUGCUGGGUUCAGAAAGCAGGUUCUUCAAGUUCUAAAGAACGUUGUAUCUACUAUCUGGCUAGUGCACAAGGCACACAGGGAGAAGUCAUUCCCAUGAGCAUCCAUCCCACAUAUGACACCAUCCAGAACCCUAACACAACAACCCAAUCCAGCAAUGGGGAAAACCCUUACGCCUUGGCACAGCUUCCAUGCGUCCCUGAGACCAGCUUUGACUAGAUUCGGCACUAACUACUGAAAUACUGUUCGAACUGUACUUACUAUAUGCACCAUUUGUACUUUGGAUAAAAGUGUCUGCAAUGCUAACACUAAAUAUGUCUAAAGGAAUCAAAUGUGCUUAUAAUAUAAUCUUCAGGUUUUCUUUGAUCUAAUUUCAAAAAUAUUUCCAAACAUAAAUCCAUUGUCACCUUGUAAUACAUUAUUUUGAGUAGAAUUGUUUUAAAAUAAAUGAACAGAAAUGUAUUUGUACCUACCAUUUGUAAUUCAGUAAUAUAGUAGUAUGUAAGAACUGGUCAGAAGUUUGAACACUGUACUUUUGCAAGGGACUGUAGCCUAUAUUAUAAAACUAAAACGUUUGUGAAUAAUUUGUAUUCAAAAUGUAGUAUUGCAAGGACAACCGCAGUCUUUAAAUUUGUUUUUUCAGAAUAAUCUCACACAAACUUCACUUUGAAUUUAAAUUCAAAUGUGGGCAGGAUUGAGCUGUAACGUUAACUGCCCUUAACCCUUGAUGACACUUUUUUCCUAUCAAGGCAGAAAUCUCUGUGUUAGUGUGUCUGUGA